UUAUUAAUUACAUACCGUUAUUAAACAGAGAAAGGCUAAAGUCUUUAUAAAGGGGAUGGGCGGGGGUCCGAAGUCAUCGUUGGCAUCAAAUAAACUUUUGACAGAAUGCAGCUGUCAGCCAUUAUACUUGCGUGCUUGUUCCUGCUCUCUGAAGCGGUGGCCCCGGCCGAGUUCACUCAGUCGCCGCCCUUCGCCUGUGACUGGUCCAAUCCUGCUACCAGAUCCUACCCAUUCUGCAACGCCAGGCUCAGCGUGUCUCGCAGAGCCCAAGACCUGGUGUCGCGCCUCUCAUUGGACGAGAAGCUAGCUCAACUAGUUAACAACGCACCUCCCAUUCCUCGACUCGGUAUCCCCGCCUACCAAUGGUGGAAUGAAGCUUUGCACGGAGUAUCCUACGUUGGACGAGGCAUCCGAUUCAAUGGCUCCAUUUCUUCUGCCACUAGCUUCCCUCAAGUCAUCCUCUCCGCUGCUACCUUCGACCCCCUCCUCUGGUACAGAAUCGGUCAGGCCGUCGGAGCAGAAGCAAGAGCAAUCUAUAAUGCAGGGCAAGCCACGGGCAUGACAUUUUGGGCUCCAAACAUUAACAUCUUCAGAGAUCCAAGAUGGGGGAGAGGGCAAGAAACAGCCGGCGAAGACCCACAGGUUACUUCCAAGUACGCUGUAUCGUAUGUGAGGGGGUUACAAGGCGAUUCCUUCCGGGGAGGCAAACUCAGCGGCCAUCUUCAAGCUUCGGCUUGUUGCAAGCAUUUCACGGCUUACGAUUUGGACAACUGGAAGGGUGUGAAUCGCUUCGUCUUCGAUGCUCGCGUCACUUUGCAAGAUUUAGCGGACACAUAUCAGCCUCCAUUUCAGAGCUGCGUGGAGCAAGGACGAGCAAGUGGGAUAAUGUGCGCUUAUAACCGAGUGAAUGGGGUUCCAAACUGUGCAGAUUUCAAUCUCCUAACUAAAACCGCCAGAAAACAAUGGUUCCAUGGGUACAUCACUUCCGAUUGUGGCGCAGUCUCCCUCCUUCAUAAGGAUCAAGGAUAUGCGAGAUCGGCGGAGGACGCUGUGGCCGAUGUCCUUCAUGCAGGAAUGGACGUAGAGUGCGGUGAUUACGUGACGAAGCAUGCUAAAUCAGCAGUGGUGCAGAAAAAAUUACCAAUAUCUCAAGUAGAUCGUGCACUUCACAACCUGUUUUCAAUUAGAAUACGGCUGGGUCUAUUCGAAGGGAAUCCAGCCAAACUCCCCUUCGGCGCUAUCGGUCCUGAUCAAGUGUGUUCAAAAGAUCACCAGUAUUUAGCUCUUGAAGCGGCCAAAAAUGGCAUUGUCCUUUUGAAGAACUCUGCCAGACUUCUCCCACUCCCCAAAAUAAAACCUCCAAUUUCCCUCGCAAUCAUAGGUCCUAACGGCAAUGCUGGCUCUUUAACGCUCCUUGGAAACUAUGAGGGCCCUCCCUGUAAACUUGUGACGCCAUUGCAGGCCUUUCAGCACUAUGUUAAGAACACCAUUUAUCACCCUGGUUGUGAUGGAGGUCAAUGUUCUUCGGCUCAGAUUGGCGAAGCCGUGGACAUCGCCGCGAAGGUUGAUUACGUGGUGCUGAUGAUGGGUUGGGAUCAAAGUCAAGAGAGAGAAGAUCGUGAUCGGGUUCACCUAGACUUACCUGGCAAGCAGCUGGAACUCAUAGACAGCGUUGCUCAAGCUUCCAAGAGGCCAGUCACCUUGGUGAUCUUUUCUGGAGGCCCUCUUGAUAUUUCUUCGGCCAAGGAUAACAACAAAAUUGGAGGCAUCCUCUGGGCCGGUUAUCCCGGAGAAGCUGGAGGAAUCGCGCUUGCUCAGAUCAUCUUUGGCGAUCACAACCCAGGAGGAAGA